AAUUGUUCGGCUCCUUUACCUUUUACUAGAUCUACACUGGGAAACCUGGAAAGUAUUGUUUAACUAUAAGUCCCACAUACGUGUUUUUUAUGCUUUGGUAGCGCCAAAUCGACAAAAUUAAUAUUUAAUUUAAAGCGGAUUUUAAUUAGCUUUUUCUGUGAAGACAACGGUAAUGUUAACGUGAACGAGCUAACGUUAGCCACCUGUUGAUACAGCGAGGAGCAUCUUUGUUUACAUUUAGCGAGCGUAGCUAUGCUUGCUAGUAUGCGGUGCUCUACUAUAGGCACAUAUGUUUAAAACAUAACGUUGUAUUGAAAAUAGUUUUUUUUUUAUUCCUUUCCAAACAUUCACACAUGUUGGAAAUGUUGCUUGAGCCAACCUCAGCAAGGCAAAACAAGUGGUUGAUAAACCUAGCUGAAGGUGAUGUACUUCUCAUUAGUCUAGCUAAUGUUUGAGAACGAGAAGAGUUUAACCUUACUUGUGGUCAGUUUGAGUAAUCUGCUUCGAUUGACGGAUCUCAGCCUGCAAAGUGUGGGACAGAAACUGAGAUUAUUAUAUGUACACCUUCUACGGUGAGUCAGAAGGACAUGAUGACAGGGUUGAGUAUGAGCAGACGGGUCCUGAUCGCCUGACCAUACAAGACCUGCAGAGACCUGAUGGUCCUCCAUCCCUGUCGGGCUGUGUUUGUCAGGAGAGGCCUCUCAGUGGGACGGCUGAGAGACGCGCUGUUGCUGGUAGUUUAAGUCCACCCUCUUCCAACUGUGGGUCCGCCUCAGCCAAAGCCAGGUCAGUAGAGAUGGAGUCGGUUUCUUCAAGGAAGAAGGUGGGCUCUGUGCGUCAAGAGAACGCCUGUCUGACCAUACAGGAUGAGCAGCUCAUCAGGGACCUUGAUGCUAUGCAGUAUGAGCUGGCCACUUUCAAAUCGCAGGCCAGCUUCAGGGGCCCAAAGGUUGGAGUUAAAAACAAUGUAGCAGUCAUGAGUGAGCAGAUUCGUCAGCUUCAAGCAGAGCUGGAGGCUCAAGCCAAAGGCACUAAAGUAACCUUGGCAGCAGAACUGAGGGCAGAGUGUAGCCAGGAAGCAGCAGCUCACAGUGAGAUUGUUGUGGCGGCUCUCAGUGAGCAGCUGAGCACACUCAGAGAAGAUCUGGACACCAAGACAGCACUAGGCAAACGGGCGGAGCAACAAAGGAACCAAGCACUUCAAAAUGCAGAGAAACUCAAAGAAGCCUUCAAAGAUUAUAAGGCUACCAUUUCCAUUAAACUUAACAGGGUGAUGGAGAGUGAGAGCAGACUAAAAGAGAGUCUUAUUGAGUGUGACAGAGAAAAAGAGGAGUUGGAAUUGAAGUGCACUGUGCUGGAGAGAGAUAAGGAAGAACAGAGCCAAACAAUUAGCCAGCUGAAGGAGGAGGUGAGGCAGGCCAAAUCUGCAGCUACUGGCCUCCAAGCUCAGCUGGAGGAGACCACACAAACGGCCUUACAUAUGGAACGGCAGCUUAUGGAGCGGGGAGCAGAAUGCAGGGAGCUGGACUCUCUGCGCAAAAAGCUGGAAGAUGUCCGAACUCUGACCCAGAACCAGGAGCAGAGGGUGGCCCAGAGUAACAGAGAGGCUCAACAGAGCCAGGCGGAGCUGGCCAGCCUGGAGGCCAUACUGGCCCUGCUGCAUCUACGAGAGGGUGCUGUGGGGCAGCUGUGUGUCAGGCCCUGCAUGCUACCCCAUAUGGACCUUUCAGGAACAGCACACCUACUGAAGCUAAAGCCAGGUGAAGGCUACCAACAGCUGCUGCGAGUGCUUCAGUCGAUCGAGGCUCAGCAGACCAAACAGAACAGCCUGGUGGAGCGACUGCAGGAACGACUGACCAGAGCCCAGGAGGAGAUCUCUUCCCUGCAGAGCUCCAUGGCCCAGAGAGCCUCCCACUACCAGAGCCUCCACACAGAGCUGCUGGACAAAGUCAGCCAAGCCACUGACACAGAAAAAGAGUUGAAAAGAAAAGUUGCACGUGUGGCUUCGCUGGAGAAACAGUUACAGGAGAAAACCUCAGCCUACAGCCGUUCUGCACUGACAAACACUGAGCUGGAGAAUCAGCUACUGGAGAAUAACAGCACCAUUCAGCAUUACCAGUCACUGUUGACCAAAAAGCAAAGAGAGUACCAGCAGUCUUUGGAGAAGUGUAAAAAAUCUCAGUCUCAGCAAUUCACAGAGCAACAGCACAGAAUAGAAAUGUUGCAGUUGUCUUUGGAGGAGGCUCAGUCUCAGCUGUUGGAGAUGGAGCAGGAGCUGAGCUCACUCCAGAGGGAGCGAGACGAGGCUCAGAAAGAGGCUCUCCUGCUGCAGAACUCUGUGGACCAACUCACAGAGCAAAAGCAGGAUGAAGCAAGACACAGUGAGGAGUUGCUGCAGAGUUUCAAAGAGCAGGCGGCGCAGUCUGCCACCAAGGUGUGUGAACUGCAGUCGUCUCUGUCAGCGUGCAGAGAGGAGCUGAACGUGUACCUGCAGCAGAUUGAGGAGGUAGAGAAGAACUAUCAGAGCGAGCUGCAGAAGAAGAAUGACCAAGUGUCCUCUCUGCAGGAGAAGCUCCACAGUGCCACCCUGGUCGGUCAGAGCUCCAGCGAGCAGAACUUACAGCUGCAGCUUUCUCUCCAUCAGCAGCAGACAAUGCUGACUGAGAGCACUGCUCACAUCUCUGAACUGGAGGAGAGUCAGAGCCAGCUGCAGACACGGGUAUCCAGUCUGGAGCAGGAGCUGGAACGCACCCGGGCCUCUCUGCAGGAUGAGGUAAGGAACAGAGAGCAGGACGUUCAGGAGAAAGACAAGGACCUGCAGAAGUUAAAGCAGCAGAACACACAACUCUCUGAGUCUGUCAGCCAUCUGACAUCAGAGAUGACAAAGUGUCGAAUGGAGCUGGUGUCUAAAGAGUCGGAGCUGCAGCGUCUGAGGAGGGAGGUUGCCGUCAAGACUGCUCAGAUCAGCCGCAUGGAGGCAAGCCUGCAACACUUGAAGAGCCAGCUCGACAGCAAGACUGACAUGGUGGUGGAUCUGGAAGAGACGCUCCAUCGCUGUGAAGCCGACAAGCUCAACUGCGUCCAGCAGGUCCAGAUCAUGGAGAAACAGCUUCAGGCGGUGCGGGGAGAGUUGUCUGACACUCUGGAGCAACUACAGAAACUGAGAGAUGUUCUGCAAAGAACCCAGACCAUCGCAGACGAACGGCAAGCCUCGGUGGAAAAACUGAAUGUUCAACUUAGUGAGACCCAGAGGGAGUUGGAGGAGAGAACUCACGAGGUCUUAGACAUGGACAAUGCAUUGAAGGAAAGACAGGAGGAGCUCCAACAGAGAGCGACUCUGCUGGGCCAGCUGGAAGUGGCCAUCAGAGAGCACAAGCAGGAGAUGGAGAGGAAGGUGGAGUCUCUGCAGCAGAGCCUGGAAGCCAGAGAGAGAGAGCUGAGAGACACACAGAGGGAGCUCACAGACAAAAACAUGAAGGAGUCGCAGGAGCUCGGCCAGCAGCUGCGUGCCUGUCAGCAGAAACUCCAGACUGUACUGCAAGAGCUUGAAGAAACUCAAUGUCGCUGUGAGGCUCUGACCAGAGAGCUGGACGCCACCAAGCAGCACACCAAAGAGAAGGAGGUCCAGCUGUGUGACAUGGAGGAGGAGCUGGCUCUGAAGGAGGCGUGCUGGCUGCAGUUGGAGGCUGAGCUGCAGAGCACGGUCACCUCUUUAGAGCAGGAGCUGGAGCUGGAGAGGGAGCAGCACAGCAAGGAGCUGGAGUCCCUGCAGCAGACUCGAGGCCAGCUCCUCAAAGUCUCUGAGCAGAUCUCCUCCACCAUGCGCUCUUCCCAGGAGCAGCUCGCUGCUAAACUUCAGCAGAGCCAGAACCAGCUUGAGCAGGCUAUGGCACAGCUGGACCAAACUAAGACUGAGCUGGAUCGCACCCGGAAACAAGUCGGUCACCUGCAAACGCAGAGACACCAGACUCAGACCCAGCUCCUUCAGAGUAAAACCCAGCUGGAGCAAAGCAGGAAUCUGUAUGAGCAGACCAAAGCCCAGAACAGCCACCUGCAUACUCAGCUGGAACAGCUCAGUGCCCAGUUAAAUGAAGCCAGAGUUCAGGCCACCCAGCUCCAGACUCAGCUCCAGGCCUCUGAGAAGUCCAUGGAGACCUCCAACGAGUCCCUGCUCAUCAAGGAGUCUGAGGUGACCCGUCUCCAAGCCAGGAUCUCCAGUCUGGAGCGAGCUGCUGACCGCCAGCAUCUGUACAAUCACACACUCUCCCUCCCUGCUCAGCAACAGUUCACACACUCCCCAGAGCGCUACUCCUCCGCCCACUCCCCUCCUUCGUCCCCCAAUAAACCUCAGACAGCUAUCCCCUCUUCUGACCACGCUCACUCAACUCACCUCCUCUCCCCAACACACACACGAGCUUGCUCAUCACCCCCUGCUCACACAUACUAUCAGCCCACCUCAGCCCCUCAGCUGUCAAACCAAACCGAGAGUCAAAGAACGUGCGAUUGGGUGCAGAGCAGCAGUAUCCACUCCUCCCUGGACCUCCCUCUGAGCCUCAAAGUCACACUAAGGGAGGCCUUGAGCAAGCAGCCUUGGGAGUCCUCCUCCCCCUCCAUCUCCUCUUUCUCGGACACAGUGGACGACUGCUGGCAGGGCCUCAGCUCCAUGGAGGCCACAGCAACCUCUGAUCUUUCCUUCAACCCCCUCACAUACAUGGUGGACAAGGAAAAUGGCAGAACCCUCAACAUGGAAGCUACCUCGAUGCAGGAGGGAGACGAUGAGCGGAUGAGUGAGUCGAGGAGGGAGUCUGUGUGCACCCUGGUAGGUCACGAGGAGGAGGAGGAGGUGGAUAUGAGUUCACUCACAGGGAUGCUGAGGUUUGUUAAUCAGACGUUAGCCAUGCAAGAGGACCCUUCCUUAUGGAGCACCACAGGGCUAUCGGACACCAGACGUAGCCUCCCACUCCAGGGGGACGUCAAGGAGACAUGAAGUUGUGUUGCCAAGGAGACGUGAGAGAGGAGAAGAGCCAUUUACAUUGGUGUCAUCCCUGUGUGUCACUCCACAUGUAAUUGUACAUUCAUUAACAUCCCUCAUUAGGUCCGUCCCUUUGGUGUGUUUGUUAUUGAAAUCAAGCUGUAUUGUCUGUCAAGGAAAAGAGAAAAAAUCAGUCUAGAUGAUCAUUACUGUCUGUAGAUCAUCUACUGUGAUGUUGUCUCGUAGUAUAAAUGUAGCAUGUGUUCAUCUUUUCCUAACUAAUAUUUAUAUAUUUUUACACAAUUUCAAAGUGAAUAAAAUAUGUUUUUUUAUACAAGUA